AUGUUGCGCUGGACUGCCCGUCUCGCGUCCGCCGCAGCGCUGGCCGACCUCAUCGCCGCGUCCGGCGGCGCCGUGUCGUCCUACGACAUCAGCGACCCCAUGUUCGGCUCGUGCCGCCUCAAGGGCAUUGCCCCCGCGAGCGCCAACUUUAAGCUCUACGCGUCGCUCUCGAACAAAGACGUGGAGCUCAACGAGGCCUGUGGCCGCUGCGUGACCGUCACGCGCGACGACGACCCGAGGCUCUCCACGUCGGCCUACGUGCUCAACGUGUGCGACGGCUGCGCGUCGCGGUCGAUUCAGCUCUCGCGCGACGCGCUGGCGGCGCUCGACAUCCGCCCCAACGACCGGCAGCCGCGCGUCUCGUACGCCUUUGACACGUGCCCGCCGGCGCUCAUGGCGGGCGACAUCAAGGCCUGUAUCAUGGAAGGCGCCUCGGAGACGUACGUGCCGCUGCAGUUUUUCAACUCGCAGAAGGUCAUUACGGCCGCGACGAUCAACGGCGUACCCGCGACGAGCAACGCCGCCAACUUUCUCUUCUCGGCCAACCCGAGUUUCCCCUCGAGCACGUGGUUCGAGAACGUCGACUUCUCGGUCACGUCGGACUCGGGCGAGACGCUCAAUAGUACGUUGGCGUUCGACAGCGCCUCGGGCUGUGCCACGUCGACGGUGCAGUUCUUCUCGGCGUCGACGGCCGACGGCGUCCGUGGCGGCGCCAGCAGUGCAUCGGACUCGUCGUCGAGUGGCGCGAUCAUUGGCGGCGUCUGUGGCGGCGUUGGCGCGCUGCUGCUCGUGGUGGGUUCGGUGCUCUUCCUCCGGCGUCGCAAACGCGCGGCGAGGGACACGGACGACCCCGAGAACGAGCUGGAGAACCAGUUCCUGUCGCCGGCCGUGAAGCCGUCGAAAGCUGCGCCGUCGACGUCGCUGCAGGACGACCGGCAGCCACUCGCGUCCCCGACGGUCGACUACGCCGAGUCGUUCUCACCGGCUGCGAGCAAUAAGACGGCCCACUCGAAAGUGGGCACCAUGAGCUCGCCCAUGUUGAUGUCGAAAGCUCCUGCAGCGGCUCCAGUCGUCGCUGCGUCAGCUCCUGCGAAGGUACUGGCGCCGGCUCGUCGAGCGUCAGCUGCACCCCCCGCGUCCAGCCCGCCUGUGAUGGCGGGUGCAAGGCCGACGUCGCCCAAACCUGCCCACGCUCCUACCACGUAUGCGUUCAGCAGCAAGUUGGACACGAGCCCCUCGAAACCGUCGGUGAAAUCGGCGCCUACGCUAUCGGCUCCUGUGGUGCACCACCCGCCGUCGCGCACGGGGUUCUUUGACGACGAUGAUGAUGAAGAGAAUCGCUCGAGCUUUGACAUUGACGACAUGCGCGAAACCGAAGCUCGUGCGGCUUCGAUCGACCCCUUAAACCAACUGGACCCGGUGCCGUCAUUCGCACCGUACAGUGCAGCGGACCCGUAUGCUAACACCGUGACGUCUCCUCAGAGCAACGUCCGUGCCACGAGCUUGCGCCGCCCAGGUUCGAAGGUAAACGCGGCAAAAGUGUCGGGCCGUGGCGACUCGGAUCGCUUUGCCAAUGACUCGGUGGUUUCUGACCCGGACAGCUACACGUCAGAAGCCCCCCGCCAGAGGAACGGGUCUUUUUCAUCAAACGGAACGCUGGCGUCUGGCAGGGCGUUCCCCUCACCUGCAACGGAUGCCAGUUUGUUGAGUGGACGUCCCAGCUUCUCGACGGACAGUAACCGGAUGACGAACUCGCCAGUGCGAGACAAUGGUGCGUCUCCCGCUGCUCAGCCAAGCGCAGAUUCGGCUACUUCACAGCGCAGCAUGGGCUCGAUGCGUGAGAGCGGCGGCUACAGCGUGGACUCGCUGAACAUCCUGGGCUACCCGUACUCGAAGAAGAGCGGACGACAGCACAACUCUACAGGUUAG